AUGUCCGGAAAACGUGGGUCAGCAGCGGAGGCUGAGGAGCCUUCGAACUCGUGGAGCAGCAGCCAGCAGCGGGGCAGCGCGAGCCAGCGGAAGCGGCGGCGGCGGAAGCGCUCCUAUUCUCUCGAGCAGCACGUCGAGGUGCUCGUGGCGGCCGACAGCAAGAUGGCGCGAUACCACGGCAAGAACCUGAAGCACUACAUACUCACACUCAUGGCUGCGGUAGCACACAUUUACAAGGACCCGAGCAUCGGAAACCUGCUCAACAUCGCCGUCGUCAAGCUGCUCAUCAUGGAGGAGGACGAGGACAACGACAUCAUCUCUCCGAGUGCGUCCAACACGCUGAAGAACUUCUGCCGCUGGCAGCAACAGCACAACCACCGUGACGACAGCCACCCGUACCACCACGACACUGCCAUACUGCUCACCAGAGAAGACUUAUGCAGACUGCCCAAGACAUGUGACACGCUCGGGCUGGCUCAGUCUGGCAUGAUCUGCGACCCGCAUGGAAGCUGCGCCGUUGUCGAGGACAACGGUCUCAGCGCAGCCUUCACCAUCGCCCACGAACUUGGACACGUCCUGAACAUUCCUCACGAUGACGACCAGAAGUGCGCCAAGUAUCGGUUACCCAGUCAACCGCUGCACGUCAUGGCCCGCAUGCUGGACUACAAUAGCCACCCGUGGUCCUGGUCAGCGUGUAGUAGGCACUACGUCACCAACUUCCUCGAUGCAGGCUACGGUCUCUGCCUUCGCGACUCUCCCGGCGAGAACCUGCUGGUGGCGCCCCCUUCGUCGUCCUCGAGCAGCGGACCCUCGCCGAGUAGCAAGCAGGCCGGCGAGCUGUUCAACAUGGACGAGCAGUGCGAGCUCGUGUUCGGCCGAGGCGCCAAGGUGUGCCCCUACAUGCCCGUCUGCAAGCGACUCUGGUGCACCGUGCACGGACACCCGCACGGGGGGUGUCGCACCCAGCACAUGCCGUGGGCCGACGGAACCUCCUGCGGCAAGAACCACUGGUGCCAGCAGGGCCAGUGCGUGGCCCGUCCUGCAGACGCCGAUCGUCGCAAGAGGGUCGACGGCGAGUGGGGUCCGUGGCAGGAGUACGAGCGGUGCUCCAGGACUUGCGGCGGGGGCAUCCAGAGCACGCGGCGAGAGUGCAACAGCCCGAGCCCUGCCUUUGGAGGCCGUUACUGCACCGGUGAGAGAGUCAAGUACCGCUCGUGCAACACACAGCCCUGCCCUCUGGGUUCCAUGGACUUCCGCGAGCAACAGUGUUCAGCGUUCAACGGCAAGACGUUCAACUUUGCCGACGUUCCCUACAAUCCCAAGUGGACGGCACAUCAUUCUGGAAUCUCUCACGUCGACUCGUGCAAGCUGUACUGCCGGGUGGUCGGCCAGUCCGCCUACUACUUGCUCAAAGAGAAGGUCAUAGACGGCACCGCCUGCAAUCCGGAGUCAUUCGACGUCUGCAUCAACGGAGUGUGCAAGCCUGCCGGUUGUGAUCACCAACUGAACUCGACGGCGACAACAGACAUGUGCGGCGUAUGCGGAGGUGACAACGCCACCUGCCGGACCAUCAAGGGACACUUCAACCUCGCUAAGUUCGGCUACAACUUUGUUACUGUAAUUCCUGCUGGGGCCAGCUACGUAGAGAUUAACCAAUUUGGAUUCGAGAAGGAUGACAACUACCUCGCGCUGAAGAGUGCCGAAGAUGAGUUCCUGCUGAACGGCAAUUACACGGUGAGCAUGUUUCGCAAGACGCUCCGCUAUGGUGGCACCGUGAUCGAGUACAGCGGCUCCAACGCAUCCGUCGAGCGCAUCAACGCCACCAAGCCACUUGGGAAGGAACUACACCUCAUGGUUCUGACGGUCGGCAAGGUGGAGUCUCCCGACAUCCGGUUCCAGUACACCAUGUCGAUUCGCGACGAGCGCCGCUACUACUGGGAGCUCAGCCCCCACUGGAGUGAGUGCAGCUCUCAUUGCCAAGGUCACCGCCAUCGUCGCCCUGAGUGCAAGCGUCGGCCAGACUCGAGCAUCGUGGACGACAUACACUGCGAGCCAAGCACCAAGCCGCAGACCCUGGCCGAGGCCUGCAAUCUGCACUGCACGCUAUGGUGGCGCAAUGGUGAGCCGUCCGAGUGUUCCGCCCGGUGCGGCAACGGCGUUCGAACCCGCAGUGUGCAAUGCGUACAGCGCUCCGACGACGGCCAGGAGUCCGUGGUGCCUGACAGCCGAUGUGAGGCGCGGGAGCCCAAGCCGCUCGAGGUGGAGAAGUGCGGCGAGCCGUGCCGCAACUUCCGCUGGGACUACGGCGACUGGCAACCUUGCAGCAAGACGUGCGGUGGUGGCGAGCAGGCUCGCUCGGCUGUGUGCGUCAACGAGAACCAGGAGCGACACCCGGACUCUCUGUGCGACCUGUCGGCGCGCCUCGUCAAGCGACCCUGCAAUCAGGGCGACUGCCCACGCUGGGAGCUGGGCCACUGGACAGAGUGUUCUGUGACGUGCGGCUCUGGCCACCGGAAGCGCCCUCUGUGGUGUCACCACGAAGACCGCGUGGUGGCGUCCAGCUUCUGCCACCCGACACCGCGACCGCAGGACACGGAGCCGUGUGAGAUGCCGCCAUGCGAGGCACCCGCCAGAUGGCACCUCGGCGAGCAGGGACCCUGCUCCGUGACGUGCGGCGGGGGCGUGACCUACCGCAACGUGACGUGCCGCUCGGCGAACGGAGCGAUUGUCGACGAGGUCCACUGUCAUGGAUCUCCGAGGCCGCACGAGGCCUCCGAGUGCAACAGGAUCUCUUGCCCGCUGCCCUGGAACUCCUCGCCCCCCGCGGCAGACAGGCCCGGUAGUGUGACGUCCGCUGCGUCCGAACACCCGUCCACGGGCCCGCGGUCCAACUUCGCCGCCUGGAAGUCGGCGCCCUGGUCUCAGUGCUCAGCGACUUGCGGUAGCGGAGUGCGCAAGCGUCAGGUGAGCUGCAUCAACGAGGUGACGGGCGCCGUGCUGCCGGACGAGGAGUGCGCCUACGAGAUCCGUCCCAGCGGUGCAGAGGCCUGCGACGCCGGCACCUGCGGCAAGUGGCAGCACAGUGACUGGUCGGCGUGCUCGUCCAAGUGCGGCCCAGGCGUGUCCAGCCGGCGUGUGCAGUGCUUCGUGCGGGACAACCUGCGUGAGGUGCUGCCCGACAGCCAGUGCGACGAUGCAAUACGGCCCAAGCAGGAGCAGCCCUGCGUCGGACCCUGCCUGGGCAGCGGCGGCGCAGUGGACAACGGCCACCACCCUUCAGGGAACCACGUCGAGGGUCCCUACCAAUGGCGGAUCGGACAGUGGGGCACGUGUUCCAAAAGCUGUGGCGGUGGCACUCAGCGUCGCCAAGUGGUCUGUGUGGACAACCUGGAGAGCAAGAGUAAUGCCUGCAACGAGCUGCUGCGGCCUCCCGAGACCCAGCACUGUAACACCGAGGAGUGUCCCACCUGGUCGACCAGCGAGUGGACGCCGUGCGAUCAAGAGUGUGGUGGUGGCCAGCAGACACGCCGUGUCGUGUGCCAGGGCAUCAUCGGCUUCGUGGACGCUCACUGCUCUCAGCCCAAGCCGGAGACCAAGCGGGCCUGCAACCUGCACUCCUGCGCCGCGCCCACGGCGAGCUACCGGUGGCGACCCGGGCCCUGGUCCUCGUGUUCGGUCACAUGUGGCAGCGGUGUGAUGAAGCGCAGCGUGGAGUGUGUCGACAGCUCCCUUCAGGCGGCGCCCUAUGCCAACUGCGAGGGUGAUCCUCCCGAACACAUUAAAGACUGCACGAUGCGGGAGUGUCCUCGGUGGCAGCUAUCACCAUGGUCGCAGUGUUCGGCCCCGUGCGGGAACGGGACCCAGAAACGAGUUGCGCGUUGUAUGCGACGUGGCGUGGAAGUGAGCCACCUGGAGUGCCACGGCAAGCGGCCAGAGACCCAGGUUCGAACCUGCAACCUGCGUACCUGCCACUACCGCUGGAAGAAAAAGCGCUGGAGCCCCUGUCCCGUUACUUGCGGAGGUGGUCGCCAGACCCGGUUUGUGAUAUGUGUGGACCGUAACGAGAGGCCAGCCCCCGAGCGUUUCUGUGCAACCCAGCGGCGACCCAAAGUUGUGCGCAACUGUGCUGCCGAGCCGUGCCCGUUCGUGUGGAGGACGUCCGACUGGUCGGAGUGCAGUCGCACUUGCGGCGAAGGCUUCCAGAAGCGCUCUGUCACCUGCCACAAGGUGAACGCGUACGGCUGGGUGGACCCGACUCCGCUCACACCCGGCGCGGCGGAGCGCCUGAGCCUGCUGGAGGCGGAGUCGUCGCCCUUCUACCACGGAAGCCAGGAGCGUCGAGGCCCCAGCUACUGCUCGGACCAGGAGAAGCCACCUCACUCGCGGGCCUGCAUGGUCGGUCACUGCGGUGAGGGAGUCUUCUGGAGGCCCGGCCCGUGGACGCCGUGCUCGACGAAUUGUGGACAUGGUAAGCAGAAGCGGCGCCUGCGCUGCUACGACCAGCGGAACAAGCGAGUUAACAACAGCCACUGCAGCAGCGCCCUCAAGAACAGGAUCAAGAGGAAGAGGCGAUGCUUCUUGAGACCAUGCACGGCGGUGAGCUGCGCCGAGGUGCAGCUGCGUGGAGGUGUGCGCGUAGACGGCGAGCAGAAGCUGUACGUGCGCGGGCGCCUAGUGAACGUCUACUGCGCGCGCAUGAACACAUCGGCACCGCAGGAGUAUUUGUCGCUCGCUAGCGGGGAAAGCAACAACUACUCCGAAGUCUACGGAAAGAGGUUACGAAACCCGGACGAGUGUCCAUUUGGAGGUGCUCGUGUGGACAAGUGUGACUGCAUCGAUGACUACCCGGCUUCCUUGACCACCUUUUCCAAAAUCUCGUUCAACAUCACCACUCUGAGUGUGAACAGACAUGACUUCACCUACAGCCGGACGCUGCACGGUGCCCCAGCAGCCGUGGCUGGUGCGGGCGACUGCUACAGUCGGGCCCAGUGCGCGCAGGGGCGCUUCUCGCUGUCGCUGGCCGGCACCGACUUCACCGUGUCGCCAGUCACCGAGUGGGUGAUGCAGGGAAGCCACACCUCUCACAGCAUACGACGCCUGCAGGAGGGCCAGAUCAUUCAAGGCAGGUGUGGUGGAUUCUGUGCUCAGUGCCUCCCGGACCCCACGGUGGGGCUGCUGCUUGAUGUCCGUCCCCCUUGACUGAGUUGGAGGAGUUAGAUCUGCCGACCCUUUAGAGGGACUUGAGACAACUACAACGCAAUGGAAGAAUGGUGGCGGAUGGCUUUUUCUUUUCGUCAAGUGAAGGAAACUCUGGGUGAACCCAGUGUUUGACGCUGAGUGCAGUAUUUUCUGGCAAGUCUUCUCAACAGAAAUGUGGACUGAAGAGGGAAGGCUCUGCUAGACCUGAAAACCAAACCCCUCCCUACAAUCCUUCUCUUCCUUCGCCUUACUCAGUCUCGUGUUCAUCACCGCUUCUUCCCCGAGAGCUCCAAGACUACACUUCGGUCGCCCUUUCACCCACCGUGCUACUUUGCUUGGAUUCAUCUGGCUGCACAUCGCCAUGCCGAGGGCUCACGUUUCGAAUGAGAAGUGCGACGAGGUGUGCCAUCAACAGGUGUGGUCUCGCGGCAGUGGACGAACAAGUUGAAUAGAUAACACUCUGCCAUUGUUGUUGUGUGUGCUCGAUCCCAUUGUGCCUGUCUGUUUUGCCCGUUCUUGUUGACUCGUUGGCCACGUUUGGAUCAUUCUCGCAGUCGUCGUCGUAAUCGUGUUUUGUUUUCCCAUUAACCUCUUACCCUCCAUCGUCUGAAACUACAUUGUGACUUUGUUGUAGGUGCAGUUUGUUACUUCUAUCGAGACCAUGACCUGGCUUGGGUUGUUUUUCUCGCACAUGACAUUCUUUUUUUUUCCUCUGUGUGACGAUUCGAACAUCCAGAGAAGCCCUGAUGGACGUGAAGCGCUUAUUGCGUGUUUGUGAGUGUGUGUGUGUGUGUUUUUUUGCUGCAAGAUGAUGCUCGCUUGUGCACUGAAGCAUAUAUAUGGACCACACGAUGUGUGCGAGUGCUAGAGGUUCGCUCGACGCUACUGUUCCCUCGACGAACUAUGCUUCGGUGGAACGAACUUCGAUGAAUCGUUGGUUUCUCGGCCAUGCACUCGCUGCAAGGUGUGAUGCUGUCAUCAUUAUUUAUUACUUAUACUGGACGAGUGCCAAGUUUGAAGAGGAACCAAGGAAUAUAUACAACAUACUUUAGGGCACAGCCCAUCCCAACUUGUAUUUUGUUCUCAGUGGUGCUGCGUUUGCGUUGGCUUUAUUUUGGGAGCAAAAUCCUGACGUUGUGUGAAGUCUUCGGGUUUUGCUUGCAUGGAUGUACAGGCUCUGUAAUUAUGAUGUAAAGGUAGGCAAAGAUGAUCAAUAUAGCUCUGCAUAAGUGCAAAGAGUACUUGAUACUAUAUGAGAUGAUAAUCUUUUCAAAUGGUACAGCUGUCCAAUUGUACAUGUAGUUAGAGCAUGUACAGGGCUAACAUAGCAAGUGAAUGCCAGCUGCGUGUUUAAAUUCCAUCUACCUUGAUUGGGGAGCAAAUUUCAUUUCGAUUAUAAAAGCUUUCUUGAAGAAGUUAGCUUCUCCCAAAUUAGGCUCUGUGGGCUCAAGCAUUGCAUGAGACAUAGUAAAAUUUUGGUAUCCUAGUAAAAUUUCCUGAAUAUCUGGAGCUGCAAAACCAAAAAUAGUUGCGCCCCCUAACAGUGAGUUUGGAGCAAAAACAUGAGAUCAAAAAUCUUGUACACUGUGCACUUAUGGUUAGUGACUUCCCAAUAAGGGCCAAAGCUGUCGUAAGGUCACAAUAACAUCGUAUGCGAGAUGCAUUUUGGCAAGGUAAUGAAGCAUCACCAAAGACUACGUUCCCCAUUUUAAAAAUCCUAACAGAUGGGUGUGCUUUUAUCAUAUGCUUCUGUUAUCAGGUUUAUAGUUGCACUGUAAUGUAGAGCCCCUCUUGAAGAAUGCAAUCUUUGUGUGGUUUUAUAAGACGUCGUAUUGAUAUUCGAUCUACACGCUGGAGCUGUCUUAACCCAAUAGUGGUAUGACUGAGGAAAUUUUCCAAACAGUAAAUGUUCUAUGGUUACACAUUGCUGGAGAUACAUAAUCAUCGUACUUCACAGUGAAAAACCGCUUUGGCCAACCAGUGGAUAAGCUCCACUCUCUAGAUUCAAGAUAGAGCACGCUCAAGACACGAGUGAUUCACCUGGCUUAUUGUGCUAUAUAGAUAUGUUCAUUGUGCCAGCUUAUGACUCAUUUUCGUAGAUAUAUCUUGAUGCAUUGUGUCGAAGCUAGCUUUUUUUUUAAGGAGUGCCUGUGCUAUGCAUUACCACAUGCGUCUCUGUAGAUCACGCGUACCGACCUCCGGAUUUCGCUCUGAAAUGAUGACUGCAAACAGCACCACUUUGUUUUAGCUGUCGUGGUGUCCUACUGCCAUGUACCAUCGCAACAGCCUCUAUUGGCCCAAUUCUUGCAUGUGCCAAUGGAAGCUUGCGCGUCUACUUAUAGUGCGGUCGGAGCCAUAUAACUUUUCCUUGUUUUCAGAGUGCGUGCAUGUGCGUGUUUAAUACUGUUGCUCUGUGGGAGAAAUUGAAGAGCGUGACCAUUGCUGCCUAUCGCAAGUGUUCAGGCCACCUACCUCAAAGAAAGCUGAAAGAUUGCCAUGACACAUUGGCUGAAUCGAAGUACUUCUUUGUAUGGGUUACUUCCAUUCAGUCACUACUGCAUAGACAGUCCUGCUUUAUCGUGUUAAAGGGGUACAUGUGCUGCUCUAGAAGCAAUUGUGCUUUUCUCACUCAUUUAGGCAGCAUUCCCUGCUAGUGUAAGCUUGUGGGAGCCUGUCGACAUGUGAGUUGUUUUUAGGGGCGAUUAGAUUUUUCGUUACGUGUCAAGCUUGUUGCCAUAAAGUGUUCAAUAUUUUGCCAUAGUUUUGUGCUACUAUUGUUUGUGCAUUGCUUAUUAUAGGGGGCCAAAGUAAGCAUUCAGGAUAUUUUGUUUCUCAUUUGUAGGCAAAAUGUGGUGAUACACGCAACUAGAAAACCCUUUUAUAAUCUUGCUACUAUGGUGCUUGGUUAGUGAUAGAUGGUUUAAAGUUGAAGCUAGAUAGGUGUUUUUGACGUAGUGAAACCUCGUAGUUUCACGUGCAGGCAUGUGUCUAAAGAUGUAAAGAAGCAGCUAUUGUGAUAAUACCUUUGCAACACUCGACUGAAUAAGACUUGAAUAACUACUGCUGCUACUACCACUGCUGAAGAGCUGUGCUCAAAGAAUCAUCUCUUGGCAGCUCUACGGAUUUCAUGCAACUUUAAUCCAUGCUGAAAGUAAGAAGUCCUCAGAUGAUAGGAAAUGGAACCUGUGGCUAUUUUGUGCAUAGCACGUUAUGCGUGUCUUAUAAAUGCCCAUUAACUUACUUAUACUCAUGACUAAAUCAUGCUUGGGAUGUUUUCAGGUUGUUUCACCACUGCAUAGCGUAGCUACAGUUGAAUUUAUUGGAACAAUCUGCAGGCACUACUCACGAAUAGAUUGCUCAUUCGAAGCAUAAAACGACAUGAAGGUUGCUCCUUGACUAUAAAUAAUUUCACUACGAGCAGUGAAAGAAAGCGGACAAAUCACAGCAACCACUUCAAAAGUGUACUCUGGCCUCAUGACAGUGAAGGGUAGUAUCCAUAAGAAAGGUUGCUAUGUUAUACUUGUAGUACUUCGGAUUUCACAAGAGGACCAUGGGUUGGCCGACAAAGUACUAGCAAGUCGUGCUGCUUAAAUUCACGUCCACAAGGCAUGUGUCGUAGUGUCCAUGGAAACUUUCUUAGCAGCUGUCACUUCAUUCUACAGAUUCUCUUCUCAUAAUGUACUCAGUUUGCUCCAGCACCCGUAGGUGCACACUAAUAGGCACCUAAUUCGUCUGAGAUGACUGACAGCUGAGCUGAACGCUCGUUUAUUGUAAGUGUAUACUGACAAACAUUUUGCACAGUCACUAGUCACCAAAUUAUUUCUCAUCUUGCUUCACCGAAGUAAACUGUGCAAUGAAGUUCCAGUAACGCAAUGACCAUCAUGGGUGCAUGACAAGUGUCUGCUGUGUAAGAAGAAUCGAAGGAGACUCAUUGAAACUAUACUGCAACAUGCAUGAUUGUUCAUGUACGCACAUUUUCUACGAGCGCUUGAAAGCUAAAAAAAUUAGAUUUGAAGAGUUGUGUGUGUAAAAAAAUUGAGAUUUGAAGAGCCCGAUGUGUUCACCUUCAUCACCUCUACAGCCCUGGGGCACUAAGUGACCGUACAGCUUUUUCCAACGAACCAUCACAAAUAUGUAUCGUUUGAACAGCAUCUACGAUGUCUUCUUGCUACCUUUGCUGUUGUCACUGCUUCGCAAUGUAAAAGCAUACGCAGGUUAACCCAAGCAGCUCCCACCGAGUAUUCAGUGUCAUAAAUAAAAAAUGUUAGAGACACUAUCUGUAGCCAAGCAUACCCGUCCAGAGUCCCUUGUAGCAGGGCGCAUCUCGGCAGCAUGAAAGCAUUUUUGUUAAGAUUUUAAUUCAAAGUUCAUUGCACAAGCACUUGUCAUGUAGUCUCUGCAAGAGUAUGCUUCCGUCCAAUGUACUUUCGCGAGGCCGGGGCUAAUGCGGAACAUUCUUGGUGACUUAGCUGUGCUUUAUGUGUAAUGCAACUUUCCAUGUGUGGGGCUGGCGAUCUCCUUGUACUGUGAGACGUUAGCCUACUUGACUAAAACUGUUAAACUUGCGUAUCAUUUUGAGUAGUGUACAAUGUAGCUUACUGUUUCACCAUGCAUACCGCUCUCCUAAAAUGACUCUCGCUACUGCUAGGAUAAUCGUGCUAAUUUACUUUAAAGUUUUAGCUUUUUUUUUUCGAAAAUGCAUUUGAGUGCAAACUGUCAGUAGUCCCUGAAGCUUAGAAUCGAUAAAUUGCAUGUGACGUCACAGACACAGGUUCUUAACGUAUUAGUGCUUCAAUAUGACUGCUUAGAUGACAUUGAGGUGAUGUAAUCACAUGGCAAUCAACCUGCUCCAGUGAGGCAAAAGUGCCUCUGGAAUGUUUUCAUGACUUAUGCAUGAAUAAUGAAAGAGCUAGAGUCUUAUAUACCACUAAUGCUAACGUGACAUCACAAACAUCAGUUCUCGCCAUUUUGGUGCACCAUAGUGGCUGUUUUAUUGAUGUCUGUGCAAGGCAUAUAGUGUACAACGCCGAGUGUGGUUCGUUUCGAAUGCUUGAAGUUGUCUAGUGAAUCGCAGCGAAGCCCUUGCUGCCCAAAGUUCUUCAUUGCGUACAAGAGUAUGUUUUUCAUCGUGCAGGACGCAAGGUGUUACUACCACCGAUAUUGAUAUAAAUUUCAAUGGUAGGCUGUGCAUGCGUGAGACAAGUUGUGCUGCUACGGUGUCGUUGGCCUUCCCUUUUCCCCCGCUUUCCCUAGUUCCCCUGAACUGUUAGUUUCUCGUGCCCGGUGUUAUGCGUUGUUUUUCUCCUGUCGUGCGUAGUGAAACCUUUGCGUGUUUCUAUUAUGGUGAUUACUAUUAUAAUUAUUAUUGUAAUUACGUUUUUUUCUGAGAAGAGGAUGCUUUUGGUCCUCUUCUGCACUGCCAUGCGUUUUGGCCGCACUGCCUGUAAAUAAACAUGACGCACAUCACCACACU